AUCGAGGGAAUAAAAAUAAAGAUAGUAUUAUCCGGUCUUCAAUGGUUUAAACUGUUCAGAUAGACGUUACUCGAGCAGAAGCGGCGGUCGUUAUUCAAGCGUACAUUUUGGCGCCAAUGAUAUGGCUAAUUUAAAAGUUUUUGAGCUUUAUUGUAUGUUAAUAGUAGUUUUUAUUUCUGGAACUUACGCUGAAAAAUAUAGAGUCUGCGUCGUAGAUGGCAAAAACGAUCACAAGCAAUCAAGGCAAUACUGCCCAAGAUUAGAUCAAGAAGAUAGUCCCGUAGAAUGUGUUGUAGCGACUGAUAGGUUGGAUUGUCUGAGAAGAAUUCAUAAAGGUAGGGCAGAUUUUGGUGUAUUUACUCCAGAAGAUUUAGUGGCUGCCGCGAAUAGUGAUGUUGAUAUAUUACUUACGAAUGAAAUUCGAUAUUUUCCAGAUACAAAAUUUGAGAUUGAGAUUGUAGCCGUAUUUUCUAAUAGCGCAGGCAUUCGCAGUAAACAUGACCUUCCUGGUAAAAAAUAUUGUCAUCCUGGAUAUGGUUAUGAAGCAGAUUGGACUCGAAUUUUGGCUAAUUAUUUUGAAGCAUCUGUAGUAACUCCACAAUGUCAUUCAAAUCUAACAAUAACCGAAAAUCGGGUUAAAGCAUCUUCCGACUUUUUUGGAGCUGCCUGUAAAGCUGGACCUUGGACUUCCGAUGCCGCUUUAGACUUUCAACUAAAAUCCAAAUACCCAAAUUUAUGCAAACUCUGUGGAAACCCAAGCACUUGCUCACAAAAUGAUAAAUAUUGGGGCCGUAGAGGUUCGUUACUCUGUCUUACAGACGGCGCUGGGGAUAUAAGCUGGGCAAGAUUGGAAGAUGUGCAGCAACAUUUUGGAUUUACACCUGGUACCAUACCAACUAAUCCAGAAGGUUAUAGUUUGCUUUGUCCAGACAAUACUAUCAUGCCAUUAAAUUCCACAAAUCCAUGUAUAUGGGUUGUGAAACCUUGGCCCGUAAUUGCUACACAAAGGAAGAAAGCCCAGAAAAUACAGACUAUUAUUACUUCAUUAGUCUCAACAGAUGAGGAAACUUGGCAGUCAAAUUUAUAUGACCUAAUAAAUCCUAUAAAUUCUGUAGUAAAACCUAUAAAUCCAAUUAUUGGUAUUCAAACUUACUUCCACAAUUCAAAAGGUUUUCUGAAUGCCAAUAGCUUCUCGGGCUGUCAUCCUCCAAGAACCAUUCGGAUUUGUACAAGCUCAAAUAUUGAAACAGCUAAAUGUUCAUGGUUAAGAGAGUCAGCUGCAGUUUAUGGUAUAGAGCCAGACCUGGACUGCUUAAAAGCCGAUAACAAAACACACUGUAUGAUGGCUCUCGCUGAUAAUGCGGCUGAUGUUGUUCUUAUUGAGCCAGAUCAGGUUCAUCAGGCCAAACGAGAUUUCAACCUGAAGACGUUAUUUUAUGAAACUGUCCACGACUCUAAAAAAUACCUAACAUCUAUUAUAUUAAGAAAGGACCUUAAUAUAAAUAAUCUAGAAGACCUCCAUGGUGUUAAAGCAUGCUUUCCUAUAUAUGACGGAGUUGCCUGGAAUUCCGUAGUAUACACCCUUCAAAAAAAUAAACUUAUUGGAUGUGAGGUAGAUAAAGAAAUGGCAAAUUUCUUUGGAGAAUCAUGCGUGCCUAAUUCACCAAAAGAUAGCCCAGAAUCUUUUAGAAAACUGUGUCAAGCUGAUGAUUUCACUGGAGAAAUGGGUGCUCUCCGUUGUUUAUCGAGUGGAGCUGGAGAUGUUGCAUUUGUUUCCAAAAAUUCUAUGAUUAACUUUUUAAACGAUAAAUAUCCCAGCCAUCAUGCAGAUACCUCCUUUUUAAAAAUCGCAUGCCUAAAGAAAAAUGGCUCUUGUCAUCUGAGUUGGGCCCCUCUUGGACAAGCUAUGGUGCGAUCCUCUAGCUCAGAUAUGUGGGUAAAAGAUACCUAUAAUGUAUUUCUACAAUUGGAUGCCUUGUUUGGAAAAGAUUUUAAAGAUCCAACAAGUCCGUUUAAUCUGUUUGGGAGAUAUGACGGGGUUCCCAAUGUACUCUUCCACGAUUAUACAGAGAAGUUAAGAAAUAUCCCUACAGUUAAAAACACUGACUUGAUGGAUUUGCCCUAUGCCAAUAUUUUAGCCGAAGAAAAAAUAUGUAUCUCCGAAUCAGCUAUUCUGUCAGGAAAUUUUAUAGUAAUGAUGUUGGCAAUGGUAUUUAGUAUUUUAAUUUGUUAAAAAUGUAGAAAUAAUAUUUGCAAAUGUAUUUCCUUGAGAUAAGUUUUUAAGACUAAAAAUAAUAAUAAUCAUAAGAAGCUAGUGAUCGUCUUAUAGCUGUAAUAAUCUGUGAUAUUAUUACGUAAAAAAAGUCUGAAUAAGAAUGUAUGUAUAAAAAUUAAUCCGAAAUAUAUUUAUUUUGUUUUA